CAGCUAUUGAGCACACAAGUGUUUCUUCUCUUCUCUCAGGGCAUGUAAUCCAUCGGAAACACAAAAGAAAACCCCUUCACACUGUUUUUUAAUCCCGCACCUCCUUUUAGGGGAACUACCUAACUUGGGAUGACCUUGUAUUUGACAUGGAUUUAUUGUGGACUUUUCUUCUUCAACAGGAUUUUGUUGUUGCUAUACAGAUCGUAUCAUACACAGCUUUUUUCUUCUUUCUUUCUUUUGUUUUUUAAUAAAAUGGUACAUACACAAGUUUUGGAAAGAGUGAUGUGCUCUUGUGCCUAUUUGCAGGCCAACUAUAAAUAGUCCAGCAGCCUACGCAUGCUCAUGUUUGAUUGGAAAUUGCAGUGCCUGAAGUCAGAGCUGCAGGGAAUCUGUCAAAGGAGGGAGAGAAACUUGUGAAUGCUCUCACUAAUUUCUUUGGAAAGCCACAUAAAUAAGCGAUAACACUUUUUUUCUUCUGGAGAGCAUUUUUUUCCUACUGAGUAUUCUUUUAUUUGGUGGAAAAUGGGUUCACGCAGGAUGACGACACGUUCAUCUUUUGGCAAUGGAAGAUCCAGUAAUGGGGAGGAUGACAGUGGGAAUAGCCGGCCUACUGGUUGCAGCUAUCUCUCUAAUGUGAGGCCGGAGAACAGGAGCACACUCUGCAGCGUGAUAGCGCAGUUAACUGAAGAAACACAGCCCUUCUUUGAAACAACCCUCAAGUCAAAAGCUGUGUCAGAGAAUUGUAAUGUGAAGUUCUCCUGUGUGGUUACAGGAUACCCAACUCCUCAUGUUCUUUGGUAUAAGGAUGAUAUGCAGUUAGACAGAUACUGUGGACUGCCUAAAUAUGAAGUAUUCCGCAAUGGACAAAGCCAUUCCCUGCACAUUUACAAUUGCACUGUGGAGGAUGCAGCUAUAUACCAGGCCUCAGCCAGCAACAGUAAAGGGAUUGUGUCCUGCUCUGGGGUUCUGGAGGUGGGUGAAAUGAACGAGUUCAAGAUCCACCAACGCUACUUCGGCAAGAUCAAACAAAAGGCCGAGAACAAACGCAGAGAGGCAGAAGGUAAAGAAAACCAGGAGCCACCACGAACCAUCAGUCCAGACCGUACACAGAGGAAGCGCCGCUCCACAAUGGAGGCUUUUCUCAGUCCACCAAGCUCCACGGAGGAUGAGGGCAAAGAGGAGAGUCAUCAGGCUGUUGUUGCAGAGACUGAGGCCAGGUUACAGGUGGCAACUAUGGAAAAAUCAGAGGAAAGGCAAAUUCCCAUCACUAAUGGAGCAGUGUCUACUGUAACUAAUGGACAGACCAUCAGUGAGAAUGGUAUCAAGAGUGGGACAUACAUGUAUGACUCUUCCCAGAAGAUGUUCAUUGCACAGCAGCCGAAAACUCCCUUUGUGAAAAAGAAGAUUAAAAUUUCCAAUAUUACACCUGGAGAGCGGCCAUCUGAGGAGAGAAGGGCAAAAAAUGAGACUUUAACCAUUGUAUCUCCAGCCUGCACGGAGUCAGUAAAGUCUAAGGAAAAUACAGAAGAGCUUAUGGAAGUAGAGAACAUUUCUAGCUCAUCAAUUGUGGAUUCAGAUUUCAGAAACAUUACAGAACACCAUCAGAGAUCAGAGACAGAGGAAGUAUUGCUUGCUGAAAGGCCUUUAAAGGAUGAAAACGUAUGUAGUGAGGUAACUGUGCCUUCUAAAAGAGAACAGCUCCCUGCCUCAGUAUCCAAUGUUGCUCUUACAUCUACAAGUCUACAAGGUAAGAAAGCUGCAAAGCAUGAGAAGGAACCGGGACGCAAACAUAAAGAACAAAAUUUUGGAACGCAGAACAAAAGUCCUCACAUGGCCUCAACAAAGCGACCGUUAGGUGCUGCAGCAGCAUCCCAACUACCCCAAAGAAUAGUAAAGAAGGACAUUUCUAAAACAGAACAUGUUACAGUCAUGGAUGUUGACGAGAAGUCCAAUCUUGCCACUGAUGGAUCUUCGAUGAACACACAGUGUAAAAGCAAGACUGCUUCCCCUCAGCGUCCAUGUGAACGUUCUCAAGAUCUGCUGUCUGGGAGGGAAACAAACCCCUGCCAAAAAAAUGUGGCUGUGUCUCGGCCAGCGUUGCUGAGUGAGGUUACACAGGCCCGUACAAAGAUGAACAGGAAUGAUGCACCUGUCAGCCUUGAGCUUCCAACCAACCAGACAGACGUGCAACCACCACAAAAGACUCCACCAGAGAAAGAGACCACAACAGAUGACAUCCAGACCUCUUCUUUGCACUGUGGUCUUCAAGCAGAAAUUUGCAAAAUGACACAGGACACACCGGAUCAUUCCAGGGGAUCAGAUGAGAGCCAUACAGUCCUUUUUACAGACCUACAGAAGUCAUCCCUCCAAAGCCCCAGCGUUGGUGAGAACUCUCCAGGGUGUAACGUUUCUUCCAGUGCCCAGCAAAGCCAAGUUGAUAGAGCAAUAAAAACUGUUGGGGGGACAAAAAUACAAGUGGAUGAGAAGGUAGAGGGUAACGAGGUAGGUAAGUUAUUAUUGCAGUCUGACAGUGUGGCCCCAAAUGAGAAGAUAUUUGAGAUGGAGACCGAAAGUGCUGCUGUACAUAUCCUUGAGCACAAUGAAACAGAAAAGACAAAAGGUGCAGAAGAUAAAGACAAAGAUGUUAUCAAUGCGGAUGCAUCUUCUACAGAAACUGAGAGGAACGAUCAUAUAUCAAAAAUGGCAGAAGAAGCAAGUACAGCAUUACAGAAUUUGAAGACAACUAUAAUUGAACCUGCUAUAGCACUCCUGGCAAAAACUCCAGAAAACACAAAUGUACCCAAACUCCCGAUCAAAGACUUUCAGGAAAUUACAAAACCUGUAACGAAAGUCAUAUCGGUAGCUGAACUUUUGAGAUCACAAAUAAGGGCUCUUGACUCCACACUUACAAAUUUAGUGACAACCAUACCAGCUGGCUUUGUACAAGAUCCAACCACAAAUGUGUCAGAAACACGUGAGGAGUUAAACGAAGGAGUGAAGAAAUCAGUACCGGAUGAGAAAACUGAGAUGCGCAUUGAAGAUACUCCUCCCAAAAACAUAAGGGAAACUCUCAUGGAGAUCUAUCAUCAACUAAAUAAAAAUGACCAGGAACAAAGUCCAUCUCAAGGUCCAACUUCACCGCCUGUUCAGACAUUACAAAAACCUCUAAUCCCACCUAUCUCUGUCAUAGACACUGGUACCAAAAUACACACUGCAGAACUUCAUGGCAGUGACAAAAACUAUAAUGAAGGUGUUGUCGACAUUUGCAAGGAACCCAGAGCAUCAACUCUGAUUCCUCUUAAAGAUUAUCCUGUUGUUUCCCUUUCUGGGAGUGAAAAUUUCACACAAUUCAAUUCUCCUUCUUUGACUCCAGACGAUGAAUUGACCAGAAAACCUCAAUCUGAAACUGUCAGUCAAGAACUUGGGACUCCACUUUCACUGACGCCCACAAAACUUAGCAGUCAAGAGUUUAAUAGUACAGUGUUGGAGCGUGCAAAAGCAGAACCAGUUCAAGGCAAAGAUGUGGGAGUUAUACAGAAGUUAACCCCAGAAACUAAACUCAACAGGAAAACUGAAAGCAGCAUUAGUGAAAUUAAUGCCACAGCACUAGAUCAAAGCAAAAUGGAAAAACCUGACACAAAAAGCAGUUCUUUGCAGGAUGUGACAAAAUUUCCCACCAAAACUGUACCUGUCAUAGAUACACAGGAGAACGGUUUUCACAUUAUUCAGCAGGAAAUUGUGGAAUUUUCAAGGAUUGAGUCAUUAGGCAGUCUGACUCCUGAGGCAAGUCCAUUGUUAAAGAAAAGAAGUGUUUCUCCCAUUCCUUCUGCUACCCCACAAGAGCUGGCCUCUGGGGCAAGACGCAAAAUCCUAGUGCCCAAACCUGAGGAGGCCUCAGAGGCCACUUCAUGGACUGAUAACCAAAUUCAGAAAAAGGAAGUUCAAACAGAAGGCAGAAAGCUUUCCACAAGUCCUGUGACCCUUUCUACAUCUCCAAGCUUGUCACGACGGUCACCUCUACUUCAGCCCCCUGGUGAGCAAGCACCUCCUACAGAAAGGCGUUCUCCACUCUUGAACAGAAGGAAGACAACAUCUGAGACCCAAGCAUCCAGCCAGUCACCCACUGAGGAGAUCAAAACUGAAGGGAAACCAGCAGAGAAAGACAAGCAUGACCCAUUCAAAGCCCCUCAAGUUAUUCGUAAGAUCAGAGGAGAAAGCUUUGCAGACGCCUCUGGACACUUGAAACUGUGGUGCCAGUUCUUCAAUGUUCUUAGUGACUCGACAAUUAAAUGGUACAAAAAUGAAGAGAAGAUUGCUCAGAUUAAAAAGAAUGCAGGGGAUGAAACUCAGGUCAAUCUUGCCAUUGUUCAGGCAUCGAGCAAAGACUCCGGUGUUUACGGAUGCACAAUCACAAAUGAAUAUGGGACGGACUCCACAGACUGUCUUCUCAGUGAAGAUCUCUUGGCUGGAAUGUCCCUACGUGAGGACCUUGGUGUUGGAGAAGAAAUUGAAAUGACACCCCUGAUAUUCAACAAGGGUGUGGCCGAUUCUGGCGUGUGGGGUAACAAAUUCUUUGGUCGUAUAAUGAUGCAGGAAUCUCAUAUUGGUGAAGGCUGUUCUCAUAAAGUCUGGAGGGCAAAAGUCAUCUAUGGUCUGGAGCCUGUGUUUGAGUCUGGAAACACAUGUAUCAUUAAAGUACGCAACCCCAUUGCCUAUGGAGGCAAAGCAGACAGCUGCCUAAUAGACAGAAACUUGGAUAUUGUCAAGCAGGAGUGUAAAAUUCAGAACUUGGCUCGUGAAUACUGCAAAAUCUUCUCUGCAGAGGCAAGAGUGAUUGAACAUUUUGGCCCCUCUCUUGAGGUGAUGCCAGUUUACCUGAUGUAUCGACCAGCAAACCCUGUCCCUUAUGCCACAGUGGAAGCUGAUCUGACCGGAGUGUAUCAGAAAUACUCUGUCCUGGAUGACACGGGCAGAAUAGACAUGAGGUCUGGAUCUGAAGUGGAGCAGAAGUGCUGUGCCCUGCAGCACUGGAUCUUUCAGUGGACCAAUGGCAAUCUUCUACUCACUCGGCUAGAAGGUGUUGUCACCAAGAUCACCAAUGUUGGGAUUUCAGUCAAAUCAACAGGGCAUCUAGGUCUAUCACUGGAAGGGAAUCCCAGCGUUUUUGAGCAGUUUGUCUCCCAGCACCAGUGUAACUACUUCUGUGGUCUGCUCAGCCUGAGGUCACUAAAAGUCAUGGACUCUUUGUUGACACCAAUGAAGCCAAAGGGGUCCAGGAGCCCGUUACUUCAACGGAAACUGGUUGCUGGCUCCUCCAGCCCUCAGACUGGCCGGAAAGCUUCUGUCAGCCCCAGACUGCCCAGAAAGACUGAGCCAGAUGGCAGAAAGACACCCACUACACAAAAAGAUGCUGAUGCUCCCAAAGUUGAUAAAAUGGAAUAGAGAAAUUAAUACAUGACAGAUUUGAAGAUUUUCUCAAUAAGACAGUAUUCUGAUUAAAUGAUUUUCUCCAUGAUGAAGUCCUAAACCAGAAAUGGUUCGCUGUUGAGUAUCAGCAAAACAGCCCAGGAGGAGCUGGAUAAAAAAAGUAGGCUGAUGACACCUCUUUUUUCAAGACAAAACCCUCCAGAGAAAAAAAAAUAAUUUAAAAAAACUGACUACUUUACUAUUUGAUUUUAACAGCCACCAUUCCUUGCCAUUGUCACUUAUUGUGGAUUGAUGCCCUCACGUGUUGUGGUGAUAAUUGUAGUCUACAUUCAACUGAUCUUAGGUUUGAAAAAACAGUGUUUUAGUGAAUAGCAGCUUUCCUGGGUUUGUAUUCUGUCAGUUGAUGCACCAUUGUAGGUCACAGAUUGUGAAUCCCAAUCUCAGGUCAGUUUAUUUGCACUGAACAAAUGUGCAUGACAAAAAAUUUUUAACUGAAGUGGCAUUAUGUAGUCUAAGUAAUUUUCAAUGUAAAAGCAAAAAAAAAAAAAAAAAAAAAAAAAAUCUUUUGUCGUCACUCUCCCUUGUGAGAUUGUAGAGCAGUUAUUAUGUCAAUGGAAGUAAAACCAUAACAGAUACACAGUGCAGCACAUUUAUAAGGCUUGGAGUAAACAAAUCAUAUUUUUCAGUAACAUUUCAAGCCCAAUGUAGCCACACAUGACACUGUUGUACAGUGGCAAAUGGUGCUGUGUUUUUCUUUUGUAACCUGUCAUGUUUACUUGCUGUUCUACAUUGCACUGCGUUUUCAGAAUCUGCACCUUUGAAUGCAACUGGCUGUAAAAUAAAAGAUAUAAUUACGCCUUG